AGCGAUCGUCGGUGGCAGAUCAGCGGCGGCGCCGGAGUAGUGAGCGAGCGAGUAAGAAAAGGAGCAGCAGACUGUUUGGGGGAGUCUGCUCUCUCGUCCGGGAAGAAAAAGAUGAGGGAAAUGAGCAAGAUGGCAGAGCUCAAGUUCGAAGCGCCCCUUGCCCAGUUCGAGAGCGAAGACCUGGAGGCCGACUUCGGCGAAUUCUCGUCCAACACGAUGAGCAUCUCGGACAUCUCGUGCAAGGACAUGACCAGCUCCGUGUCCAGCGAGGAUUCUCGCAACUCGAACCACCAGGUCAGCGCGCACUCGUUCUGCAGUUCGGCCAGCAACUCGCCUGUCCACCAGCUGUCCGAGCUGGACAACACCGAGGCCAUCCGCCAACAGCAGCAGCAGCAGCAGCAGCAGCUGGGCGACGAGUUCGGCGACGCGACCAACUCGAACCCCGUGGUGGCCGCCUCCUCGUCCGACGACAUGCUCAACGAGUCCUUCUCGGGCUCCCUCGAGGACUUGGUCAACACGUUCGACGACAAAAUUACCAAAUGCUUCGGCAACUUUGACGAGAGCGUCGAAAAGCUGGCCCCGGUGCAGGUCAGGUCGCAGGAGGAGAUCAUGAACGAGUGCCAGAUGUGGUGGACGAUCACCGGCAACUUCGGAAACAUCCUCCCGAUCGACUGGUCCAAAACGUAUGCGUGCAAAAUGCACAUCCCUGCUUUGCACCUCGAAGAGAACAAGCAGGAUAAGUCGUCGCCCGAGGAUGAGAUCCUCACCGACGAGGAGGACGCAGUGGCCAGUGACCUGGACAUGCACAAGCUCAUUCUCAACGGGCUGCAGGGCGGAAGUUGCGAGGACAACGAACCGGUCAAGACCGCUGAAGAGGUGCUACAGGAAAUCGACGACAUUAUUCAGGAGACAAACGGGCCGGACGAGUACUCCGAGGACGCCCUUCGAGACAAAAGGAGAGAAGUUUUGCACACACCCCUUUACGAAGACAAGCUGAAGGCGCUGAACUUGUCUCAGCUCAAUGAGCUCUACAUGGAAAUGGAGGAGCUGAUUCGAGACUACUCGGAGACCCUGAUCGCCGAGCUGGCCCUCAGGGACGAGUUGGAGUACGAGAAGGAGUUGAAAAACACGUUCAUCUCCCUGUUGCUGGCCGUGCAGAACAGGAGGAGGCAGCACAACGUCGAGAAGAAACGCAACACACGCAACACGCCCGCCGCCACCGCUGCCUCCUCCAAGAACAACAACGGGAUCGAGUCAAAAUAUCUCACCACAGUCAUCCCCUACCACCUCAGCAACGGGCCACCAAACAAUCAGGCCCUCCAGGUGCUCAUAAAAAUACUAAAGGCCAUUAAUGAAGACAGUCCAGCGGUGCCCGCAUUGUUGACAGAUUACAUCUUGAAAGUGUUGUGUCCUACGUAAGGUGUCUGAGCUUCACCCACUUCUAGUUGUUGAUCUUGUGACCGAAGAAAAAAUUUGCCUCUCUCUCUAUUGAACCUCCUACUCCCCAAGCUUUGCGCACGUUUCACAAUUUUUAUCAAGAAUAUCGCCGUGUAUAUUCUUACCAGCUGGUCAGAGAAAUGUGCACCCGCCUGUAUUCCUAAUACCUGUAAGUAGGUGUCCACAAUCGAACGAACAAAAAGCAGCUUGCUUUCUCCACAAAAAUUGAGGUAGCUUUAACACAAGCGCAAGAGGAUAAUUACUACCAAUAAUUAUCGUAAUUCUAGAGUGCUUUUAAAAGCCGUAAUUUGAUUGGCCUGAAUUAAACGUUUGUGUACAUUCGAUCAGUCAGCUUGUAAAAAUCCAGAACAAAAUGUAACUAUUACGUGGCUAAUAUUAAAGAGCGUUUCCGCUUUUCGAAUUCGACCCUGCUCGUCUGGCGGCUCAAGAGGUCUGGUUUAAAAUGUAACGAGUGUUUUGAGCGAGUCGUGCAUUAUUUUUGGUAAAAGUAUCUAUCAGACUGACAUUUUAGUAAUCAUUGCUUUCGACUUCUGGCGACUUUCGCGCGGCCGACCGAAGGGCAACGUCGGCAUCAAAAAAGGGAAACGCUCGAGUCUGCAGUAUAAUCCUCAGAAUAGGUGUUACCAACUCGCACUUUGGAACAAAAUGUCUAAAUCAUAAUGGAUAUUGAAAUACUCCCACACUAAACGCAUAAGUAAUAUCAGACGGACCGAUUUUAUUGAAUUGUACAUACAAAGAAGAGGGCUGAUUACUUUUGAUAUUAUUGUAUGUGUACGAGGAUGAUCUCAAGUGAACUGUUUUUGUGGCAAGAUGGCAAGGAAACGACCGUGUCCUAUUAUCCGUGUACUACACUAACUAGCUUUUAUUUUGAACGGCGCCGAGUCGCCUCGAGAAAUUUCGCUGAACUAUGGUGUGCAAUUUUUUAUCAUUUGAUAAUAUGGUCUGCUCGAAAUCAAAAUGGUUAACUAUUAAUUUAAUUUGUGUUAAAGAGUCGCGACAUGCAUUUGUGAUCCGAACUGCCCGCAUGUUCUUUUACAACUCGUUUGAAUUAACGAUACUCUGUGUAUUUAUUUCAAAUACGUGAUGAUGCCAUAUUAGUUGUAAGACAAAGGCAAAAAGCAUGCUGAUGUUGCUCUUUCAAGAAAUAAAAAAGGUACAAAAACGUGAAAAAUAACUCA